AGCCAUAAAGAAAAGGAAGAAAGGAAACUCCAGUGACGCGACAUACAUGGAUUGACGUCGUGAUUCUUGAGGUUGGUUUUUGCUGUGUAAAGUAAAAUUUGAUAAUUUCUGUUAGUUGAGCGAAACGGCUUAUACGAUUUUUGAAAAUGUCAGCAACGGGAAACGACGAUCCAUAUGCUCACGCAGCGAAGAGCUCGUUAAAAUUAAAAGGCGAUCAGUCUGUCAGUAAAAAAAGGAAGCAUAAAAAGGAGAAAGAAAAAAAGUUGGUGGAGGUCUCGAAGAUCAUUGAAGAAGACAAAACUAAAACGGUGGAAAUUAAAAGGACGAAGGCUGAACUUGCCUUUCAACAGAUGCAAGAAAAAAUGCAAACGGAAAGAAUUAAACAGAAGGCUUCAAUGACGCACAAGCAGCGUGUUGAAGUGUUCAAUAGACAUCUUGACAGUCUAACAGAGCACUUUGACAUUCCUAAAGUCAGUUGGACGAAAUAAGGUUAUUCAUAAUUUAUCAGAUUCAAAUUUUUUUUAUUGAAGUAAUUUAUAAAAAAAAUUAUGAACACGAUAUCUCCACUCAAGGUAGAGGAGUACCAGUCAUAAAAAUAAUAAACAGGUUAGCAUCAUUUCAAUGAUAAAGUAACUGCCGUUUAUAAAUGUAUCAAAUAAUUCAUAAUCUAUAAUGUAUAUAAAUUCAUAUAAUAAAAUAAAGGAUGCUUAGUGUUUAACAUUGCACUAUAUUAUAAUCAUUA